CGUUGCAUGCGUUUGGUGCAUGCUUUGCAGCCGAUUGGUCUGCGUGCAUUGGGGAGAAUUGGAAGCAAGCUGGUAAAAGGAGCAGAAGAGGGUUGCAAGCGGUUGAAAGAAGGAGCUGAGCAAGGAUGUUUGGGGCGCGUUUCGCGCGCCUGGUUCUUCGCCACUGUUCCUCUGCUCCCUGCCCCAAGCAUGUGGCAACUCCCAAACUGCUCCGAGUUCGGGAAGCGCUGGAAGUCCGAGAGCCGGCAGGGCAGGACAUUAAAGUUCAGGGUUGGGUCCGUUCCGUCCGCUCCCAGAAAGGCGUUCUGUUUGUGCACAUGAACGACGGCUCUUCGUUGGAGAACCUGCAGGUGGUCGCUGACCCAGGAUUGGGACCCAGCGAGCUGACGUUCGGAAGUUCAGUCGAGGUCCAAGGGAAACUGAUAAAAAGUCCUCACAAACGGCAAAAUGUCGAGCUGGCUGCAGAGAACAUUCGUGUGGUGGGACCUUGCGAUAUCCUGGCAUUCCCACUGAAGUACAAAACCCAUCACCCACUGGAUUACCUCAGGCAGUUCCCUCACGUCCGAUGCAGAACCAAUUCCUUGGGCGCCCUCAUGAGACUCCGCAGCGAAGCCACGGCUGCAAUUCACUCCUUUUUCAAGGAUAACGGAUACUUGCAUGUUCACACGCCGAUAAUUACUUCAAACGACUGUGAAGGAGCCGGGGAAAUCUUUCAAGUUGAGCCUGCAAAUGAAGAGAGAGAACCUGGAGAAAAUCCCCAUUUCUUUGAUGUCCCCGCAUUUCUGACAGUCUCUGGCCAACUCCACUUGGAAGUGAUGGCUGGGGCAUUUUCCAAAGUGUACACAUUCGGUCCGACCUUCCGGGCUGACAAUUCUCAAAGCCGCAGGCACUUGGCAGAGUUCUACAUGGUGGAAGCAGAGCUGUCUUUUGCCGAAAGCCUUCAGGAUAUCAUGCAGGCUAUGGAGGACCUUUUCAAGAAAGUGACCGACACAGUUCUGUCCAGUUGCCCUCGCGAUGCUGAGCUUUUUCAUAAACACGUAGCUCCUGGUCACGAGGCAAAGGUGGAACGGAUGCUGAAGAACCAGUUCAUAACGAUGUCCUACACGGAAGCGAUAGAGGUUUUAAAACGAGCUCGCCAUGAAUUCAUUUACAAACCAGAGUGGGGUCGUGACCUUCAGAGUGAGCAUGAGCGAUACCUGGUCCAACACUGUGGCGAGAUCCCCGUAUUUGUGUUCAACUAUCCGUAUGACCUGAAGCCGUUCUAUAUGCGGGACAACGAAGACGGAGCCCAACAUACAGUGGCGGCAGUUGACCUCCUUGUACCAGGAGUCGGGGAACUUUGCGGAGGCAGCCUGAGGGAAGACCGACCCGAUUUCCUACAGUCCCGCCUACAGAGGCUGGGGCUUGAAGACACCUACCAAUGGUACAUAGACCUGCGUCGAUUCGGAUCGACCCCUCAUGGUGGAUUUGGAAUGGGAUUUGAGCGGUACCUCCGUUGCAUCUUGGGAGUCGAGAACAUCAAAGACGUCAUUCCCUUCCCACGGUUUUCGCACUCGUGCAUUUUGUAGCCUUUCCCGAAGAUGCCACUGCCGCUCGUUUUUACGGAUCCAUGCCCUGCUGCCCUGGCGACAAAACUGCAACGAUGUCUGGAAAAAUAUAGAGACAACGCUCUCCCCGUCCCCAUUUUUAGCAUUGGAUUUGGAUAAUACUAUGGAAAACUUCGCACCGAAGACAUUUGAAACUGAGGAUAGUUUUGUAUUAUUGCGUUGUUUUUAAAUCCGCAGAGCACUUUGCAUCGUAGGACUCACUGACUGUUUUGGGGGCGGGGAGGGGAGAGGACAGUUGUCUCGUCUUUGGCCAUAACUAGAACGAACAAGAUUAAACUUUCACCAGGUGUCCAUUCGUCUGCGAGAAGCGUUUGGGCGGACCGGGAAGCUCUCCACGAGGCGAGAUAAGAAGCAACACACCGCGAAGGUUGCGAGAGAGAUGCCAGCCGUUUCUCAAACAUGGUGCCGUCAAGAAUUUGUUGGGCUCAAAGUCCCAUCUUCCCUGACCAUUUGCUAUGCUGGCGGGGGCCGAUGGCAGCUGGGAGACGAACCACUAUUAGUGGUCCCCCGUACCUUGGGUGUGCUACUCGUAUUCAGCAGGGACUGUGUCCAAUUCUGUGCUGAUAUUGUACCAGUUCCCCUUCUGGCGCCUAGCGAAGAGCUUUUUAUUUUAAGAACGGUGUUCCUUCUCUUCUGGUUUUGCGGUUAGUUUUAGCUGAAUUUAUCUUUAAUUUUUCAGUUUUUGCGGUACAGGGGAAUCUCCACUUAACGCGGGGGCUCUGUUCCUGGCCACCCCGUGCAUCAGUGGGACGCUCACAAGUCGGUUCCUCCCCUGCUCCCUUUCAGUGCCCAGAAUGGCACAUGCGCCUGCUAUU